GAAAGUAGUAUUGCAGUAAUUGCAGUAAUUGCAGUAACUGCGAAUAGCGUCGACAAGGAUAAGAGACAGCUCGGUGAUAGCGUGUUCCGGGCCGGGCUAUAAGAGUCCGAGGACGGCGAUGGAAGGACCGCGCGAGAAGCUUCUGUACGUAAUCAGUGUACACACGGAUCCCGAAAAGGCCGAUGUCCUUUGCACGGUGGACGUGGAUCCCGAUAGUCCUACGUACUGCCAGAUAAUACACAGACUGAGAAUGCUAACGCCCGGCGACGAGUUACAUCACUCCGGCUGGAACGUUUGCAGCAGCUGCCACGAAUCGCAAACGCCUUGCAAACGCGACACUCUGGUACUGCCCUGUCUUAUGUCGGACCGGGUGUACCUGGUUGAUACGAGCGACGAGAGAAUGCCCAGGAUCAAGAAGGUUCUGGAGCCAGAAGAGAUGCACAAAUACGGAAUAUCCACGCCGCACACUUCCCACUGUCUGCCGACCGGCGAGAUAGUCAUCUCCACCAUGGGAAAUGUCAGUGGCGACGGACUGGGCGAAUUUUUCUGCAUCGACGCAGAGACUCUACGGGUGAAAGGCACGUGGACCAAGAGCGACGAGAAAGCGGCAUUCGGAUACGAUUUUUGGUACCAACCGUAUCACGAUACGCUCAUCGCUACGGAAUGGGGUGCACCUCGGGUCAUUAAGAAGGGAUUCAUUCCAGAGGACGUUCAUGAUCCCAAGAUCUAUGGCAGAAACUUGAAUGUUUACUCGUGGAACGAACGAAAGCUGAAGCAGAUCAUCGAGCUGGGAGAUGACGGAAUCGCACCCGCUGAAAUAAGAUUCCUCCACGAUCCGUUGGCAGCCGAAGGAUUCGUCGCCUGCGCGGCAACGUCCAAUAUUUAUCGCUUUUACAAGGCGAAAGACAACUCGUGGAAGGCCGAAAAGGUGAUCCAGGUGCCACCGAAAAGAGUCGACGGUUGGAUCGCACCUCUCAUGACAGGUAUGAUCACCGAUAUUCUGCUGAGUCUGGACGACAAGUAUCUCUACCUGACCAAUUGGCUUCAUGGCGACGUUAGACAAUACGAUAUCUCGGAUACGAGAAACCCGAGAUUGGCGGGUCAAGUUUUCCUAGGAGGAUCGAUACUGAGCGAUUCGCAGGUACGAGUGACGCGAGACGAGGAAAUGACCGGUCAGCCCGACCCCGUCUACGUCAAGGGACGUAGAUUGUAUGGCGCGCCACAAAUGUUACAGCUGAGUUUGGACGGACGUCGUUUGUACGUGACCACGUCCCUCUUCAAGCCAUGGGACAAACUCUUUUAUCCCGAUCUCCUCAAAUAUGGAUCAACGAUGGUGAAGCUUGAUGUCGACGUCGAGAAGGGCGGGAUGAAGCUCGAUCAUCAAUUUCUCGUUGACUUCGGCGUCGAUAAGAGCGAUAUUUUACUGGCGCACGAGAUGAGAUAUCCCGGUGGAGAUUGCACCUCCGAUAUAUGGCUUGCGGAGAGACCCUAACUCUGAUGAUUCGACUGGUCCUCGAUAGUAGUAGCGAAAGUAGUAUUGCAGUAAUUGCAGUAAUUGCAAUAAUUGCAGUAACUGCAAAACUCGUAUAGCGUCGACAAGGAUAAGAGACAGGCUCGGUGAUAGGUAAAUUAGUAGAUAUUUUCAUUUCUUUCCAUGGUAUGGUGCUUAUUAAUUCCAGCAUAUUGCAUCAAGUAAUAUAAUAUUUUAUGAAAUUGUGUUUCAUGUUACGUGGUAGGCAAUAAAUUUUGGUGUUUUCUUUCCUCCGAA